GUGUGCGAUAACCGGUAGAUGACGGUGCCAGAGCCAUUCUGCACAGUCGGUCACUGCAGUCAUCACCCUGUGCCAUUUCCAUCAGAGCGGGCCUCUUUCCGCAGCUGAAAGUCUGGCUUUUUUCCUGCAACCAACCCCCACCCCACUGCCAAACAACAACAACACCACAAAAAAGGCAGAGAUCACUCUUGCCAGAGGGGACCCAUUCCACCUUCACAUAACAGGGGUUGCUCGCCAUAACUAUAGUGCCCUGCCCCCGCCGACCGUUCUUGUAUUGUUGUGCGCUCCGCCAAUUGGGACAGCCCUUAUCGCCAAACUUCCCCCUCGUGGGAACGCGGGAAACGGCAACCCCCCCAGUUCCCAAUUAACACAUUUGCCCCCACCCGCUGAGCGUUGCCUUUCUCCUGUAACACGACGACCCACCAGCGCGAAACCACUUCUUCCGAUACCCAUCGCCGGCUCCCUGCCCUUGUCUCGCUAUCCGAAAUGACCUCCACAAACAAUUCAUCCAUACCAACGAGGCAGCAGCUCGCGGCCUCCACAAAAGCCUUGGUACCGCUGGUCAAGCCAGAGCGGAGCCUGUCAGUCGCUUCUCUACUCGACCGGUUUGCAGCGCUCACUCUGCCGUUGACUAUGCCGCAGGAGGUCCGUAACAGCGAGCCGCACAAAAUGUGGUCAUUCGCCGCAAAGGCAAAGUCCGGCCUUCCGCAGGGGCGAAGGCUCGAGAACUUGGCAUGGAGGUUACUGCAUCUGUCCUUCAAGGAAAAGGAAGAAGCAUUGCAGAACUUGAACGGUGGAAUAAGCAAAGCGAGUACUUCACAGAAUACUGGAAAUCAGACCGAAGGGUCUGAAAUGAUGGUGGACAGCACUUCAUCGCCAAUGGACACGGCGACAUCGCUGCCGCAACCCAUUCCAGGAGCUGGCUCAGAGCCUCAACAGUCCGCAGGCGCCUCGACAUCCGAUGGUCGCUCACAACAAACAGAACCGUACUCCACAUCGAGCCGGUCAAUAGGAAAGAUCAGCGAUGCGCACACGAGUAUAAGUCGAGAUAACAGGACCCUGGGUGGACCAGGUGGAUCUGCGGAUACCACAAAUGCACAUUCGAUUGUAACAUCUUUGCCGAAAACUUCUGGGGCGAUGCUCGAAAAGAGCGCUGGCUCCGAUUCCGGUAUCGGCCUUAGCGCGAUGGACCAAAGUCAGGCCAUGUCAGGCGUCGAAUCCCAAAAUGGGAAUGCCGAUGAUCGUAAGGCAGCCCCCUCGUCAGCUAGUGAGACAGCCGCGCCACGAAUGCACACUGCUCCCACGCCAGUGUGCUAUAACUGCGGGGUCACGAAAACCCCCUUGUGGCGCCGUGACGAGAACGGCAAACAUCUCUGCAAUGCUUGUGGUCUUUUCGCGAGACUGCACGGAUAUAAGCGACCGAUUGAUCUGAAAACGAAAGGGAUCCGGAAAAUCAAAAGGAAAACCAAAGAUCAGAGAAACGCUCUGGCGAAUCAGCAAAUGCCGUCAACCAAUCCGAAUGAAGGACCUUGGUUCAAUGUGCCGGGUGUGCCCAAUGGGGCGCUGGCUUUCGCCUCAUCCUUCCCUCCAGAGUUUGUCCCCGAGUACAACAUGACGAUGCCUUUCGAUUCGGUUAUAGGGCCGCAGAUGAUUGGGCCCGGAGAUGCGACAUACAUAACCGAUUUGGCCGGCGCACAUCAACAGGACGCGGAUGCGAUGUUGAAUCAGUUGCCGUAUCAGCCUUUCCGCAUCUCCAGCACCUCAUCGAUGCCUAUCAUGCAUACGAAUCUGGCCUACGGGAACGUAGGGAGUGUAGUGGCGACUGUCCCGACAAUAGCACCCGCAGCAGUAUCGCCGGACCCCACCACGACCUCCUCCGCGCCGUCCGGGCCGGCGCUGGUGCCACCUGCACCGCAACCUGAAUUCGGCGCGCCUCAGGACGGUCCCUCUUCCGUCCACAUUGGCAAACGACGCAGAGUGGAAGACACGCCCAACCAGCCGGUCUACACCCGCAUCGAGGUUGUGCCCUACAUGCCAACCCUCCCGGUUUCAACAGCAAUAUAUCCACCCUACCAACAAACUGUUGCCACCUACUCGGAGGACCUCAUGACCACGGAUAUGUCUACUGACGCUUCCAUCGGUAUCGCGCCCGGCUACAUGUCAGCCCAGAACGUGGAACCCGAUCGGAUCCGCGGGCUCUUGCAGGAGUUUCUAGCAAAGGAGAAAUUGUCCGGCACGCUCCCGCCUGGGCUCGACAUGGCGACUUUACUCAAAGGCCUCGGCAGAACCUCCGAUGACGGAGGAGACACCACAUCCAACUCGGACACGGUUUCACCGCAUGUGCCGCCGCUGGAGUCAGCUGUGGCCGUCCCGCAUCAACAGACAGCGUCCGCCACCCCUUCGCCUUGGUCUGCCCUCAACACAUCUCAUAUCGCCAUUCCGGCCAUGCCCGCAGCCACCGCCGCCGUCAGCCCGCCCAAUCCGAGCGCAACGGCGUUUACCCCGCACUACCAGCCAAACAACCCAGCCUACAUGCCCGAAUUUGCGCCGAACCGCUAUCAAACCAACGCUGACGCCGUGACCCACACGACACCGAUCGCCAUGCCCUCGCGCACCAAAACGGUCUUCACCCACCAGAACGGACAUCAGUACAUCAACAACAACAACAACCAACAAUAUAACCCAUACAACAACCCGCACAAUCCCUACGCAUAUAACCAGAACAUCGCUGCUUCGCCCGCGUACAACUCGGACGACGUCAUGACGGUCGGGAGGAUGUGGCACACGGAGGAGCCGGCGGGGGUUGCGAGUGAGGAGUUGGUGGAUCGGUUGUUGGGUUUUUGUGGGUGAUUUGGACCGAGGAGGGGAAGUGGAAGGGAUCCUUGAAAUUGUUGUUUUUCUGUCGGGCUGAAGAAUGGGAGGGUAGGGUAGGGGCAGACGGUGUGGAAACAAUCCCAACAUUGCGCGGGCCGCAUUGAGGAAAAACAAAAACGGGUAAACUGCGAUCGAAAAAAUAGCGGCUUGUUGGUGGGGAUGUGCGUUGGCAUGUUGCGAUAUCGGGGAAAGGAAUGCAAACACGGACAUCCGCAAAAACCCCGGCGAUGGGGGUUUCAAGCAUCGACGCAAGGGCGGGAAGACCGGGGGACUUGCUUGUGUAGGGGAUUGGGUAGAAACAAACACCCCAUGUAUAUGUAUGUAUUCAGUGCGAAAUAAAGGUUGGGGCGUGCCAGAACAUUUACCCUGCGAUGAUACCGGUCUUUACCGAGCUGGCCGAAGCGCAUAUGGACCUGUCUGUCCCGGUCGCG